AUGACACAUCCCACAAAAGCCAUUUACAAGUGGCUCAUCCAAGACAGUAUCCGAGUCGGAGGAGCAUCUGCCACUUCCCAACCCUUAUAUACUGAAGCGGACCAUCUGUCUACAUUUCCCCAAAUCGAAGCCAUCGAUUACCAUACUACCCACACCAUAUCAUCGAUUCGAAUUACACCUUAUCCAGCUGGACAUGUCCUGGGUGCUGCUAUGUUUCUUAUCGAAAUCGCUGGACUGAAGCUCUUCUUCACCGGCGAUUAUUCUCGGGAGGAUGAUCGCCAUCUGGUCUCCGCAGAAGUUCCCAAGGGAGUGAAAAUAGAUGUUCUGAUUACAGAGUCAACUUAUGGCAUAGCUACACAUGUUCCCCGUCUAGAACGAGAGCAAGCACUAAUGAAGUCCAUAACCGGGAUAUUGAACCGAGGAGGCCGGGUUUUGAUGCCGGUCUUUGCUCUAGGACGUGCUCAAGAGCUUCUCUUGAUUCUGGACGAAUACUGGAGUAGGCAUGCUGAAUUUCAAAAGAUUCCUAUCUACUACGCCAGUAACUUAGCUCGCAAAUGUAUGCUGGUUUAUCAGACUUAUAUCAGCGCUAUGAACGAUAACAUCAAACGUAUCUUCAAAGAGCGUAUGGCAGAAGCAGAAGCAUCGGCGGACACAGUUGGCAAAUCUAUGGGGCCAUGGGACUUUGAAUACAUUCGGUCUUUGAAAAAUCUCGAUCGAUUUGACGACGUUGGGAGUUGUGUCAUGCUUGCUACUCCAGGUAUGCUGCAAAAUGGUGUCAGCAGAGAGUUACUGGAACGAUGGGCCCCGAACCCGCAAAACGGGGUUAUCAUUACGGGUUACAGUGUCGAAGGGACUAUGGCAAAACAUAUUGUGCAGGAGCCAGAUCAAAUCCAAGCAAUCAUGUCUCGAGGUAAUGGUGCUGCCAGACGAGGACCUGGGGCUGGAGACAGCGACAAAGUCAUGAUACCCAGACGGUGCAGCGUCCAAGAGUAUUCAUUCGCAGCCCAUGUGGAUGGUACAGAAAAUAGAGAAUUCAUCGAGGAUGUUGCUGCUCCUGUUGUGAUCCUAGUCCAUGGGGAGCAACAUAAUAUGAUGCGUUUGAAGUCGAAAUUACUCUCACUCAACGCUGAUAAGACGAAUAAAGUCAAGGUUUUCAGUCCUCGAAACUGCGAGGAGCUUCGGAUCCCAUUCAAAGCCGACAAAAUAGCCAAAGUUGUUGGGAAAUUAGCCUCUCUCCCUCCACCCUCAAACAUUGAAGACAGCCAGUCACAACUUAUAACCGGAGUAUUGGUGCAAAAUGACUUCAAAAUGUCGUUGAUGGCUCCGGAAGACUUGAGAGAAUAUGCUGGCCUGACCACUACAACAAUUACGUGCAAGCAGCGUAUGACACUGAGUGCUGCUGGUAUAGAGUUGAUCAAGUGGGCUUUGGAGGGCACGUUUGGAAGCAUUGAAGAGUUGCCAGACAGCAAAUCUAAAGCACAGAACGGUGAUACCCAUAUGAAUGGAUCAUCGGAGGAUGCAGAUGAAGAGAUCUCGAGACAAUUAACUGCUUAUUUGGUUAUGGACUGUGUGACCGUUCGUCAUAGCAGCAAUGGGGACGUUGAGCUGGAAUGGGAAGGCAACAUGCUCAAUGAUGGGAUUGCGGAUGCUAUUAUGGCAGUUUUGUUUUCUGUAGAGAGCAGUCCUGCUGCAGUGAAACAAUCCUCAAGCAAGCACUCCCACUCCCAUACACUACCAACCAAAAACGCCCAUGCGAACCUUACGCCAUUUGAAAGAUUCGAGCGCCUUUCCAUGUUCCUAGAAGCCCAAUUUGGCCCCGAGAACCUCCAACCAAUCAAGCUUCCUCGGGUCUCUCAAACAAAAGCAAUCGCGCCUGCAUCUCCAUCAACUUUGAAAGAUGGAGGAGAAGAUGACGCAUCAGAAGGUUCGGAGGAUGAAGAUGCCCUCCAAAGGGAAGAACUCGAGAGGCUACACAAAAUCGGUAUCCCUGUUCCGGGAGUUGAGAUCAAGGUAGACAAAAUGGUUGCAAAGGUCUGGCUAGAGGACUUAGAAGUCGAAUGUACGAACAGGGUUUUUGGGGACAGAGUUCGUGCUGUGGUGGAAAGAGCGGUUGAGGUUACUGCUCCGUUGUGGGCGUCUUGA